CCGAGGAACGGUGCCCUCUGGGCCGAGGAGGAGCCAGGAUGGCCUGGGCUCUGAAGCUGCCCCUGGCCGACGAAGUGAUCGAAUCCGGACUGGUGCAGGACUUUGAUGCCAGUCUGUCCGGAAUCGGCCAGGAGCUCGGAGCUGGUGCCUAUAGCAUGAGUGAUGUUCUUGCAUUGCCCAUUUUUAAGCAAGAAGAGUCAAGUUUGCCUCCUGAUAAUGAAAAUAAAAUCCUACCUUUUCAGUAUGUGCUUUGUGCCGCUACCUCCCCAGCAGUGAAGCUCCACGAUGAAACCUUGACGUAUCUGAAUCAAGGGCAGUCUUAUGAAAUUCGAAUGCUAGACAAUAGGAAACUUGGAGAGCUUCCAGAAAUUAAUGGCAAAUUGGUAAAGAGUAUAUUUCGUGUAGUGUUCCAUGACAGACGACUGCAGUACACUGAACAUCAACAACUGGAGGGCUGGAGGUGGAACCGACCUGGAGAUAGAAUUCUUGAUAUAGAUAUCCCAAUGUCUGUGGGUAUAAUUGAUCCUAGGGCUAAUCCAACCCAGCUCAACACAGUGGAGUUCCUCUGGGAUCCUUCGAAGAGGACCUCUGUAUUUAUUCAGGUGCACUGUAUCAGCACAGAGUUCACCAUGAGGAAACACGGUGGAGAAAAGGGAGUACCAUUCCGAGUACAGAUUGAUACCUUCAAGGAGAAUGAGAAUGGAGAGUAUACUGAGCACUUACACUCAGCCAGCUGUCAGAUCAAAGUGUUCAAGCCUAAAGGUGCAGACAGAAAACAAAAAACAGAUAGAGAGAAAAUGGAGAAACGGACACCUCAUGAAAAGGAAAAAUAUCAGCCUUCAUAUGAGACAACUAUUCUCACAGAGUGUUCUCCAUGGCCUGAGAUCACCUACGUCAAUAAUUCCCCCUCACCUGGUUUCAGCAGUUCCCAUAGCAGUUUUUCUCUAGGGGAAGGAAAUGGUUCACCAAAUCACCAGCCAGAGCCACCCCCACCAGUCACAGAUAACCUCUUGCCAACAACUACACCUCAGGAAGCUCAGCAAUGGCUACAUCGAAACCGUUUUUCUACCUUCACAAGGCUAUUCACAAAUUUCUCAGGAGCAGAUUUAUUGAAACUAACCAGAGAUGAUGUGAUCCAGAUUUGUGGCCCUGCAGAUGGAAUCAGACUCUUUAAUGCAUUAAAAGGCCGGAUGGUGCGCCCAAGGCUGACCAUUUAUGUUUGUCAGGAGUCCUUACAGUUGAGGGAGCAGCAGCAGCAGCAACAGCAACAACAACAGCAAAAGCAUGAGGAUGGAGACUCAAAUGGUACUUUCUUCGUGUACCAUGCCAUCUAUCUAGAAGAACUGACAGCUUUUGAACUGACAGAAAAAAUUGCUCAGCUUUUCAGUAUUUCCCCUCGCCAGAUCAGCCAGAUCUACAAGCAGGGACCUACAGGAAUCCAUGUGCUCAUUAGUGAUGAGAUGAUACAGAAUUUUCAGGAAGAAGCGUGCUUUAUUCUGGACACAAUGAAAGCAGAAACCAAUGAUAGCUAUCAUAUCAUACUGAAGUAGGUGUGGGGACACUCUGUGCUCAGAGGCUCUUGCUUCCUCACCUCUUGGAAACUCCUCUUCUUGAAGCAAGUCAUAAAUGGAGGCUGGAAGGUCUGCAGGAGCCUGACUCUUCUGAUUGUGUGUGUGUGUGGAGAAUCCAGAUGUUGGAGAAAGAAUUCAACUGUUUGUGUGGAUGCACACAGAGAUCACUGCCCAACAGGCAUUUCUACAAAGUUUCUUAGUUAAAAUUUCUGCACCCUGUUACUAAAAAUCAAUAGAAAUGCCACAUAAUUUAGGGUAUAUGUAGUACAGAAAGAUGAAAAUUGUGUGAUGUUUAAUGUAAAGCUGUUAAAUUUUUUGUGAUAUAGAGCCAUAUGUUUUUUUCUAAUAUAAAAGUGAAUAUCUAUA